CAGUGGCAGUGGAAGCACGUUACUUCCAUUUCCAUCGUCUAUUUUUCUCUGCCUCAACCAAAGCCACUUCAGGAGCACCACCCAAUUCACCACUACGCAGUCACUGUAGUUGGUGUUACUCAUCCAUCGUGGAAUAAUUCAUCAAGUGUGCCAUUGUUUCCAUAUGCUGCUAUAAACUAUUAUUCUUGAAUGACAACAAGGGAAACGUAGCGUCUAUAUAAAGAAGCUCCAUCCAAAGCAAACUACGUAGACAAGUGAACAGUGUCCUUGUUCAGUUUAACCAACCACAAUGGCCACUUCACUAACCCUUUUGAAGACGAUCUUUAUUGUCUUCAUUGUCAUCACUCUUCUCACACACCAAGCCGUGGCUGAUUGUGAAUCCGAAUCUUCAAACAGUUGCAACAACAAAAGGAAAGCCCUGCCACUAAAAAUCAUAGCAAUCUUCACCAUCUUGAUCUCUAGUGUAAUCGGUGUGAGCUUGCCCUUGGUGACACGUUCGGUGCCAGCUUUGAGACCAGAAAACGACCUCUUCAUAAUAGUGAAGUGCUUCGCAGCUGGUAUCAUUCUUGGCACGGGGUUCAUGCACGUGCUUCCUGAUUCAUUUGACAUGUUGGGGUCUGAUUGCUUGGAGAAGAAACCAUGGCACGAGUUUCCGUUUUCGGGGCUCGUGGCUAUGUUUUCUGCGAUAAUCACGAUGAUGGUGGACUCUUUGGCCACUAGUGUUUAUACCAAGAAGUUUAGGACUGAGGUUACUCCUGCUGCUGAGACCAACCAUGCAGGGGACCAAGAGAUCGGUGCUGUCACCUAUGGACAUUUUCAUGGUCACCACCAUGCUGCAGAGACCAAGGUGGCAGAAGGCACGGAAUGGCAGCAGCUUCUACGUUAUCGUGUUGUUGCCAUGGUACUAGAACUUGGAAUUGUUGUUCAUUCAAUAGUGAUAGGACUUGGCAUGGGAGCCUCAAACAACACAUGCACCAUAAGAGGUCUCAUAGCCGCCCUUUGCUUCCACCAAAUGUUCGAAGGCAUGGGUCUUGGCGGGUGCAUUCUUCAGGCCGAGUACAAGUUCUUAAAGAAGGCCAUAAUGGUGUUCUUUUUCUCCGUUACAACCCCAUUUGGAAUUGCCCUAGGAAUUGCAAUGUCCACAACCUACAAAGAGAACAGCCCAAGUGCACUAAUCACCGUGGGAUUGCUGAAUGCAUCUUCAGCUGGUCUUUUAAUCUACAUGGCUUUGGUUGAUCUUCUCUCUGCUGAUUUCAUGAGUCCAAGGUUGCAGGGUAGCGUUAAGCUUCAAUUGAAAUCUUACGUAGCUGUGUUUUUGGGUGCUGGUGGCAUGUCUCUCAUGGCAAAAUGGGCUUAAAAAAAAUCAUCUUCCCUAAUUUGGUGUGGUGUAAGCAAUAGUAAUAAUGCUAUAGAACAUCUUCAAAGUUGACAGUGUCAAUAGCUUUGAUGUGUUCCCAUAUAUUAUAAAAUAGCAAGUUUGACAGUGAUCCAUGUACUAUAUCCAGAAGACACUCAAAAAACGGCAAAACCAACUAUAUUUUAAUUUUCAUGUACGUAUUCGACUAAUAAAUUCAGUGAUCUAGAUUUGCUGCUUCUGAA